AUGAUCGGGUUUGCUGAGUUCGGUCGUCCAGAUAGUGUUCUACAAAAAAAUGUCAGUUUCUGGGCAGCAUUAGCACCGGUGGCACAUCUAGGCCAUAUCGAAUCACCGAUUAAAUAUCUAGCAACACAAACUGUAGAGAAAGAUUUGGAGAGAUUUUGGCAUAUAUUAUUUGGGCGUAAUGAGUUUCUUCCUGCGUCCGAAAUUCAAGAAUGGCUGGAAGUUAUUGCCUGUGAUCAACCAAUCAUCGAUCGAGAUCUGUGUGAAAACAUCUACUUCCUUCUUUUUGGUCCCGACAAGAAAAAUUUGAAUGUUACACGAAUUCCAGUCUAUACAGGACAUUUACCUGCUGGAACGUCGGUGAAGAAUAUGAUCCAUUUCGCACAGGGUGUGCAAACCAAUGUCUUUCAAGCUUAUGAUUAUGGUUCACCAGAUAAGAAUCAACAACAUUACAAUCAAACGACACCGCCGUUAUACCCUAUUCAUCCUAUGAAAAUACCUACAGCAAUAUUCUCAGGUGGUGAAGAUUGGCUUGCAGAUCCGACUGAUGUGAAAUUUAUUUUUGACAAUAUAGAGUCCCUGGUCUAUCAAAAAUACCUUCCAGAUUAUAAUCAUGCAGAUUUCAUUGUCGCUUUAAACGUCAGCAAACUAGUUUAUGCAGAUUUGAUCAAUGUUAUGCAAAAGUAUCAUCCUCCUAUUUAA